GCCUUUCCCUCCCCUUUGCUCAUACAAUGCUGUCACACCAUUAUUCUAUUCAUAUUCAUUUCUUGGCUUCAAUUAUAUAUUAACUUCCCCAUCCACCACCUACCAUACCCAUCACUUCCUCCAUUUUCUCAUACUCUUCUCUUCUCAACCAUGAAGCUACCUCUCCCUGCUCUGUUUGCUGCACCUCUUGCCUUCUUAUUUGCCGUCACCAUCGCCGAUCCCGACUUGCUUCAAGACGUUUGUGUUGCCGAUCUUGCUUCAGGAAUCAAAGUAAACGGAUUCACCUGCAAGUCAAAUUUCUCAGCGGACGAUUUCUUCUUCAAUGGAUUGGCCAAACCAGGGCUAACAAACAACACCCAAGGCUCGCGAGUAACUGCCGCCAAUGUCCAAUUUAUCCCCGGCCUGAACACGCUCGGCGUUUCCCUAGCGCGGAUCGACUACGCCCCCGGUGGCUUGAAUCCACCGCACACACACCCGCGCGCCACCGAGAUUGUGUUCGUCAUCGAAGGCCAACUCGACGUCGGCUUCAUAACCACCGCGAAUGUCCUCGUCUCGAAGACGAUCAAGAUGGGCGAGAUCUUCGUGUUCCCCAAGGGAUUGGUCCACUUCCAGAAGAACAAUGGAAAGGUUCCAGCGGCAGUGAUUGCAGCAUUCAACAGUCAGUUGCCUGGUACUCAAUCGAUUGCGGCAACGCUUUUCGCCGCAUCUCCGCCGGUGCCGGACAAUGUGUUGACGAAGGCGUUUCAGAUUGGAACUAAAGAGGUUAAGAAGAUCAAAUCGAGACUUGCGCCAAAAUAAGAGAGGCAAAUCAAUGGCGGUUUCCGUGAAUCGAAAUCGAAAUCGAAGAUUGUGUUUGGAUUUUGAUUUUGAUUUGAUUUGAUUUUGAUUUGAUUUGGUUGUUGUGUUGUGUUUGUAUUGUGAUUUGUAUUAUUGCAUUUCUGGGUUCCUUUGUUUCACUCAUAAUUUGAAUAAGAAUUGAGAUUUGGGGAUUUGUUCUUCAUUUCUCUCUCCCUUCAUUA